AUUUACUUGUUCCCCACUGAGAAUUCUUACUGGUUUACCAUUUUUUUCCCAUUUUCAUUUCUUAUUAAUGUCAUUGUUUAUUGUCAUCGUGAAUGUUGCAGAGGAAUAAACGGGACUUUUUUGUUUUUCUCUGCUUGGGGACAUCAACAGCAUUUAUUAGUGGGAUUGUUGCUGUUCAAAGAAUUUGGACAUCUGUACCAGCAUUGGCAAGUGGAGAAACAUGGCUGCAUCACACGAUUUUUAAUUAUCCUGGGAUUAUUUCUUUCCUGGUCAUGGAUGCAGCUAUCUUUAUUGCUGCUGCAACUUUAUUGACGGUUCAAGCAUCCCAGAUUGCUCGGAACAUCACUACAAAUGAAUUGGCAAAUGCUAUACGUUAUGGAUAUCUUCGUGGUCCAGAUGGGAGGUUCCGCAACCCAUAUAAUCAUGGGUGCAGGAAAAAUUGCUCGGAUUUCUUCAUAAAUGGCUACACAGAUGAUGAUGAGAUUGCUUGGCCUCCUUUGCAACAGGUUGCCAGGUAGUACAUACAUAUUCUUGCAAGACAUUGUAGAAUCCCUUGUGUUUGGGAACAUGAUUACACACAGAUAUAUCCUGUAAU